CAUUCACAUUGAAAAGUCAAAACAAAAAGUUUAUUUGAAAAUUGUUUGGUCAUCAUGGAGUUCGGUGAAUUAAACAUUACCGCAAGUCGGGCAUUUUGGGAUGAUUAUGAGAAUAUCGAUGGAGACCAGCCCGUGGAACCUAUUCGAAUCGAGUUGAAAUGGUUGGAAGAUCAUUCAAUUGAGGAUUUCAAAAAUGUGAAAACAUUCAUCACUUUGGAAGGCGAACGAAUGCGGAAUCGAAUCAGCCAGGACGCCGUCGUUCCCAUUUGUCAACUUCAACACCAGAAAGUGUUCAUCUAUAUGUCGCGGGAGAAAGAAACGGCGAUUUGCAUAUCGGAAGAGACGAACCUGAACACGUUCGGAACCAUUGGCGAAUCCAUUGCUGAUUUGAUAAAUAGCUCGGCCGUCGAAGAUGUCAAUGUGGUGACUGUGAACACAUUGCCAAUCAGUUCGUAUAAGAUUGGAACAAAUGAGAGGCUAGGUGGUGGCGUAACUAUUCGCGGAAUAAGUUCGGGUAAGCCAUUGGCAGCAGUUCCAGAGUUAAUGGAGCCAAACAUUUUGACUGGAGUUUCAGCAGCAGUUGCAUCGCAUCGUCACCAUCUGAACAAACCGUUUUCCAGCUACGCCAUUUACAUGGACUCAACAAAAACGAGAUUUGAAGCGACACCAGCGAUUACAAGCUUCAUUCAUUCGAUUGGUCUUGCGUCGAACAUUUUCCAUGAAGGACAUCCGAUGGACGAGUCCGGCUUGUACACAUGAUUGAUGGCGCGAUUAUUAUAAAAUAAAAAGAAUUUGAACAGCGAAAA